AUGCAAGUGCGUGCCGAGGACGACCAGCGGCUCUUGCGGCGCGUCAAGUGGGUGCUCUCGCGCCUGGACCUCAACUACAACUACGACGAGUAUCACGAGUCGCUGCUGGGGGCACCGUUGCACGAGUCGACCGUGCCGUACUUGGCGCAAAUGAACCAGAUGUACGCACUCUUCGAGUUCCUUCGGUCGGGCGAGACGGCGUCGCUCCUCGAGGAGAACGUGCCGAUGACAAAGGACGAGGUGCCUCUGGGCCCGUCGCUGCUCGUACCCUCGGACGUGGCGCCCGAGGGCGUCGUCCGGCGCCCCAACCUCAUUGCAUCCGACGGCAUGUGGCACAAGUUUGUGCAAAACGUCGCGCAAAAGUUCCCGCCCAAGCGCCACGUGCCCAUCCAAGACCGCAUCAUCAGCUACGCGCUCAACCGCGACGAAGCCAAGCGGAUCGCGGCCUUCAACGAAGACAAACCGACCAUCUACAGACGUGUGUACGCCGCGAUGAAGCCCAACGAGACGGACGACGUGGACGAAGCCAAUGAUAGCGAGACGGUGUAACCAUUCCGUCGAACCCG